UCCCGGCUUUCAUAUUCUGUUCACGCCUUAGUAAGAUUAACAUGAAAGCAAGCCAGAAACGUGUAAAAUGAUAAUGCGUUGUAUAGUAACUAAAUAGUAACAACGUAAUGUACAGUUUCUACUUUAGGUUUCGUUUUUACAAAAUGGAAUUUUAUCAUAAGGCUUAUUUAGUUUUUCUAGUCUUGUGUCAUAUCACGUGCACGAUAUCUGAGAGAGUUGUAACUGCCGACCAAACGUGUUCAACUGACGGGGAAUGCAGGGAAAAAACAGACAUGUAUUCGCGCACUGUGCCGACGGAGCUCCCGGCGGAGACACAGAAAGUUCUCCACACGAUUGCCAUUCUGGAAAUGUACAGAGCCCAGAGAGAAGUUGCAAACUACAUGGAGCUCGCCUUUCUACAACUUGCUGACCACCCAGAACAAGCAAAAGAGGUGCGACUGACGGCACACUCAGCUCGAACCCAACACCUGAUGACGUCGGGGUUGAUGAAGAAGUUCACAGUGACAGCAGCCCAUAUUGUCAAUACCAUGAUACCCAUGAUCCUCGACGCCGUCGUUGAGCUCCAGAGUACAGCAGUUGUAAAGGAAAUAUUUGGUAAGAUCAUCGAAACUGCAGAAGAAAUGAAAACCGAGACCGAGGCUACCCAGCAACGAUAUCUGAAAAUUCAGGCCGAUGUUCAGAAGAAUAUGGCGAGUGUUACCAGUAGGAAUAAAGAGGUAGUUAGCGAGAAGGAAAGAAUCCGUGUAGAAAUGGAACGUGAAAAACAACUGGCGAAAGCGGCUAAACUGGCCCAGGAGGAACUGGAUGAAGAAAAACAGGAAAUAGAGGAAGAGUUGACGGUUCUAAAGUCAAACAGAGAUAAGUGGAUGGAACAAGCAGGACUUGCUGGUAGAAGUAUGGGCGGGGAGAAGACAGUGUUUGAUUCCGUUCUGUCACCAGGCGCGGCACUUGGCGGGGGUAUUGGCGGGAAAGCAAUGAGGUUUUUUUCCGAAAGCAUCAAUAUUCUCACUGGAUUAUUUCGGUCAGACAAACGUCAGAAACACUUUGAAAAACUGAUGGAUGCAUUUAGAGAAAGCCAGAAUAGUGUGGAACGUGUUAUGGGUCAAAAACGAGAUGUAAUUGGCCGAAUGCACGAACAGCGCAAGGAAGCUCUGGAACGAUUAUCAACACUCAAGAAACUUGGAAUGGAAACAGCUAAUCUUGGAAACGUUGAAAGUUUGAGAGAAGCCCUUGCGAAGCUUGGAAAUGUUGACCAACAAUUGACACGAAUAAACGAAUUCUGGUCCAAUAUGGCGGCUGCCCUGAAAGCUUUGCGGGACGAUUCGACUUUUGGAAGUGUUUACCUUUCUCAAAUAGAGGAUCCUAAACAAGCGGAGAGAUUUAAAGCGUCUAUUGGCCGAGCUGAAAAGGGUUGGAAGUUUUUUGGACGUAUCUGCAGUGAUUACGUACAAGAGAGUGACAUGGCAAUCUACAAGCUAUAUGACUUCCUGUCGGCUCCAAUAGACAGCAUGGCUGCCAGCGAACGCGCACAAAGACAACAGGAAGUGUUGCUUGCAAUCGAAGCAGAUAUAGAAAAUACAUAUCCGGAUCCGAAAUAAAUUGGUUGGGACAACAGAUUGAAUGAGACACAUUUGUUUUAUCAAGUUUAUGGCAUUUAAUGGCACAUACAACAAAUCUACUUUAAGGGAUACGCAUUGAUUCAGAAAGAGCAACACGUAUAGACUAAGAAAAUGUAAACGGCAAAAUUGUACCGGUCACUAUAAUUACUCAGAAGUCUUAGGAAAAAAAUAUUUGAAAACGUUAUCAAUACAAAUAUAUUGUAUUGUAUGUACAUAGCGUGUAACAUAAGCGAAAUUUGACUCGUACUACGUCAUUAGUUUUCUUGUAUGUUUUUUUCACUCCAUUAUAAAUAUUCAUUGCUUCUAUUUCCUGCUUUGUGUAUUUGCGCGUAUUUUAAGGCCAGGUUGGCCUACAUGGUAUUUUGAUGAUAAAAGCAAUGAUUAUGAAUUGUAUGCCUAUUGUUGUUAAGUUAAUUGUUGUAGGUUAAGUUUUCACUCUUGUUAUUUAUGUAUACAAUAUUUAACAUUUACCUUGCUAAAUUUCUAAAAUGAAAAGGUCCAUCAUUUAAUUUGGGCAGUACCACUUAUUAUUCAAAGGGGUGUUCACUGAAAAGGUAUUGGCUGAACAGUGCCUGCACUGUUCGCAAAGGCAGAAUCACUUGCCGCCAGCAGGCUAAAUGUUAAUAGUUAGUGUUGCUUUUGCAAAUUUUUAACAUGCAACUGACUGAAAUGAAAAAAACAAUUAUUGGUUGUCCAUACGAAAAGAACUAAGCAUUUUUCCAGAAGACAGUUGCUAGGUAAUUAGUAAAUCAACUCGAUAUCUGUCUGUUUCUAAAUAUCACUAGAAUAAGGAUAAUGAAUUUCUAUAAAUAAUAUACUAAAUACCAUCUUGUGCAUUUUAGCUUUGACGACUGAUUAUUUAAGGCUUGCAUGUGUAUUAAUGUAAUAAUUGUUGCCUUAUUAUCCUUUAACUGUUUAUUAUUGUACAACGCUGCUGAAUAUGUUUUAUAUGUAGAAUUAGGCGUUUAAGUAAUUAAACAAGUUUCAAGUUUCAAGUAAAGUUAUACCUUAAAAGUAUAGAUAGCAACUUAUACAGUAACACUUUUUAGAUAUUAACUUGUGAAAGUUUAGAAAUUAUCAUUAUUGCAAUAAACACAUUUAGUUGUAAAUCUUUUAUGUAUUAGAUAAUUUAUUAUUACAUACAUUUUUAUUUUUGUCUGUAAUGUUUUCUACACUAGUAUGUUUUUACACAUGUUCAUAUCUGUUUGUUUUGUUUGCUUUGGGUUAAACGCCAUGCAUAUUGCCAACGAUAUUAUAACCUCUGCAAAUUCUACUCUACCAAAAGCAAAAUUAAAUAAACACGCGAAACCUUACUGGUCACAAGCUCACGAUAAACAAAGGUUAGCACGUCGUGUCUGGCUUGCUGAAGGUCGACCGAGGUGUCAUUCUCAUGCAUCUUUUAAAAAUUACAAGUUGUCAGGGAGAACGAUUAUAAAUAUUCAAAAGAAAGCCGUAGAAAAUGUAGAAAUGCAAUUUGUUGAAUAGUUUAAAAUAAUAAAGGUAAGAAGUCCUCGACCAAUUUUCGACCAGUUUGUUCGAAAAAUACAGUAGACCAACUGUCGUAUUCGGCAAAAUAUCAAAUUCGACUAAAUAUCGUGUUCGGCAAAUUGUCGUAUUCGGCGAAGUGUCUUUCGACGAAUUGUCGUGGAAGCGACAUGCUCACAGUAAGAGAAAGAUGAUGGCUUGUCUCUAGACCCAGAAGUCAUAACAAUCAAUUUUGUAAGGCCUUUUCCAUACAAAGUCUGAGUAUUAAGUGCAAAAUUUCCAGUAUUAUUAAAAGUGACACCUAAAUAAUUAAAAUCAUUGACAGUUUCAAGCAUACAUAAAUCAUUUCCAUAAAACCAGGUUUCUCCAUUGCUUAAACCACCUCGUUUCCUAAAAACGGCACACUUGGUUUUAGCAGCAUAUACUUCGAGGCCCCAUGUAUCGCAAUAAUCGUACAAGUGAUAUUUGCGUAUCAACUGGGUUUGUAGCUAAAAUUACCAUACUGUCAGCGAAUAAUAAUUAAAUGAUACAUACAUAGUUCAUCUAUACAGAGUCCACAGUCUAUUCUGUAUUAUAAAGACAACUCUAGAUCUUCCAAGAACAUAGAAAACAUAAUGGGAGAAAUUAUCUUCCCUUGACGUAAUCCAAUUGCUAUAUCAAAGAAAUAAUCAGAAUAAUUGUUACUACCACCUGCACGGACACAUGACUUCACUGAUUGAUACGUACUUCUAAUAAUGCGUAAUAUUUUCAAUUCAGGCCCAUUUUAUACAGCUUAUACCAUAGUGCAUUUCUAUGAAUGGAAUCAAUCAUAUCAUAUCAAUAAAACAACAAUACAAACA